CGCCGUGAUACAUGCAUACACCAUCACAUACCUAUUCGCAUAUCCGCCACAUCGCCCCCGUCUAAACCCGUCGUUUCCUCCCUCCUUCGCCCUCCCGCUUUCUACCUACCUAAUUUCCCAACCUCUCGACUCCUCAACCUCUCCUCACCCCGACCUUCGGCACAUUCUAUGGUCUCCCUGGAACGACUGUGCCCAGCAUGACCCGGAGAAAAACGACCUCGGUUGCCACAGAUGAGUCCACGCCGUUGCUUCGAGAUGGAUCUCCUCCGCAGACUACCAACCGUGCCACCGCCCGCGCCGUCUUCGGGCCUGCUAAUCGCAUCCUGCUUGCCGGCUUCAUGAUGGCCUUCACCCUCGGCAUCACCCAGGUCCCCAUCAUCUACGUCUUCCGCCUCAUGGAAUGCGAUGUGUUCUACACGCACCACCCGCCCUUCGACGGCCCCGGCGACCGCUGCCACCGCCGAGAGAUCAACGCCGGCACCGCCACCCAGGUCUCCAUCUUAGGCAUGUCCACCUCCUUCAGCGGCGUCUUCAACUUGUUCAUCUGCGGCUACUUCAUCAAGCUCUGGGGCCCACGCUGGGCUUUCGUCUCCCAAACCGCCCUGUUAGGCGUGAGAGUCUCGACCCAGAUUCUCGGCGUCGCCGUCGGCGGCCGGACCGGCGAACUCAUCUUCCAGGCCUGCCAAGCUAUCGGCAUUAUCGGAGGCCCCCGCGGUUACCAACUGGUUCUUAAUACCGCCGUCAGCGAAUUGGUCGCGCCGAGGGAUCGUACCGCCGUUUUUGGACGCCUCCAGGGGUCAAUUAUGCUAGGGACGGCUUUUGGAUACCUCCUGGGAGGUGUCCUCGGCGACGUCUAUAAUAUCAGGCGCCCCUUCGAGGUAGCCUUCUUCCUCUACGUCAUAUCUACGCUGUAUGGAGCACUUUUCAUGCCGACAAUUACCGGCAGCGGAACCCUCGCCCAGAGGCCUCGCAGCCAGGGUAUCAGUGCUUUCUUUGCGCCCAUCAAAGUGAUCGUACCCCACAAGUACCUCCUAGAGUCUGGCAGAGUCGUCAAGAACUACAGCUUAAUAUUCCUCGCUCUCGGGAUCUUCCUUGGCGUAUUCGCUUCCGGGUAUGCCCCGAUACUUUUGCAGAUGUACGCCACAUCCGAGUUCGAUUUCGGGACUACCGAGAACGGAUACCUCAUGUUCGGGAAUUCGGCUAUCCGUGGUGUCUUCCUCCUCUUCAUGUUCCCAAAGAUCAUCUCUACCGGUAGAGUUUGGUUCAACGGCACACAGCAACCGGUGGAUGCGAAAGGUCAUCAGCCAGAGAGCCAUGUGCCCAUCAACCCGGACGAAUUUGAAGCCGACGAGGUAGGAGAGGUUCCGCAAGAACCGGUACAGGCUCCCGAUCCAGAUGAAGAGGACUCGGGAACAGGCUUCGACCUCUUUUUCGUCAAAUGGAGCCUUGUGAUAGACUCCAUGGUGACUUUUUUCGCCGGAUUUUCUACAGACGGCUGGCAAGUAUAUCUUGCGGGAUUCCUUCUACCAUUUGCUUCCGGAUCGGCACCGGCCGCGAAGGGAGUCAUGACAGAAUUAUGUCCGCCACACCUGCGGCCGGACGCGAUCGGCGCCAUCACGCUAGUCGAAAGCACGGCUACGCUGCUGACCCAGGGGCUCUUUGGUCUCAUCUUCGCUGCUUUCUCCGAAGCGGGCAAGCCAAGCUUAACAUUUUUCUGCAACGCGGGCUUCGCCGUGAUUGGGUUUGUCGUCUUGUUUAUGGCGCAACUGCCCCCAGCCAACAGCAAGAGAAUCGACGAGGAGGAUUCGGAGACCGAGACAGAGGUUGAAGCCUAGAUCCCCAGACUGCGCGCUAAAAAUAAAUUGUAUACAAUAGGCAUCGAAGGAACUGGUAAGAUGAACAUACCACCACAAAGUACAUUUUCGAAUUCUGGAGUUCAAAAAGGGGGGGGGGUCGGGGAAAAAGGGGGCCAGUAUAUUAUACUCCUUAGAAUGAUACAUACCUUACAAGACCGCAUUUCAGACAGAAUGGCGGCAGUCAUAAUAAAUAUAG